AUGGCUGCAGCUAAUGACCAGAGAGUUUACCGUGCCAGCUCAACUGCGCCGGUCAAUAUUGCUGUUAUCAAAUACUGGGGAAAGAGAGACGCCACUCUCAAUCUGCCUACCAAUUCCUCACUCUCGGUGACACUGUCCCAGAGCUCUCUUCGCGCAUACACCACGGCAUCAUGCUCUUCAAAGUACCCCACCGCAGACGGCGACAGCCUCACCCUCAACAACAAACCACAUAGCAUCCAGGGCUCACCGCGAACUCUUGCCUGUCUUGCAGACCUAAGGUCUCUCAGGCAACAAAUUGAAUCCUCGGACCCAUCUCUACCCAAGCUCUCUACCUAUCCACUCCGCAUUGUGUCUGAAAACAACUUCCCCACGGCAGCUGGACUGGCCAGCUCAGCUGCUGGAUUUGCUGCUCUCGUACGCGCUGUUGCGGAUCUAUACCAGUUACCACAGUCGGCUAGUGAAUUGAGCAAAAUAGCCCGCAAGGGAUCCGGCUCUGCCUGUCGUUCGCUAAUGGGUGGGUACGUUGCAUGGAGAGCUGGCGAAAAGGAGGAUGGCAGUGACAGUAUAGCCGAACAAGUUGCCCCCGAGAGUCAUUGGCCAGAGAUGCGAGCCCUUAUUCUGGUGGUCAGUGGUGCACAGAAAGAAGUACCAAGCACAGAAGGAAUGCAGUUGACCGUUGCUACAUCAACCCUGUUUCCCAGCCGUGCUCAGUCCAUCGUGCCGGAACGUAUGACUGCAAUUGAGAAGUCAAUCCAGGAGCGCAACUUCGAGACCUUUGCAGAAAUCACAAUGAGAGACAGCAAUGGUUUCCAUGCCACAAACUUGGAUACCUGGCCACCAACCUUCUACUUGAACGAUACGUCUCGUGCCGCGAUCAGGGCUGUCCAUGACAUAAAUCGUGCAGCUGGACGCUCAGUCUGUGCAUAUACCUUUGAUGCUGGCCCAAAUGCCGUCAUAUACUACCUAGAAAAAGAUGCUGAUUGCGUCCUGGGAACAUUCAAGUCUAUCUUGACAUCCGCAACCGAGGGCUGGGAAUCGGCAGACAUCAAGAACACAAACUUGCUCGAACAAUCCAUCGACCCUCGAGCGGCCGAGCUACUUUCCAGGGGUGUAGGAAGAGUGUUCCUGACUGGCGUUGGUGGUGGUCCAAUUAGUAAAAAGGAGCAUCUUGUCAGCGAGUCUGGCGAGAUAUUGACCAUCGCUGCUUGA